AUGCCUCCUAGUCAUCAUCUUUCACACCAUUCCUCUCAUUUCAAAUCGGGAAAUUUUCUGUCCACAAUUUCAAAAACGGAUGCACCUAAUUCAAUUUAUCACAAACCUAAUGUAUCUUCCUCAGGUGGUCGAAUCGGUCCAAUACAGUUACCAGCUAUUCAGACUAAUUCAAUCAAGCAAGAGCGCACAGCAAUCCAUCCUUUUAUAUUUACUAAUGACAAUAAUGUCACAAUAUUGGAUAUCGAGAAAUUGUCACAAUUAGUUAAUGAAUUUGCUGGUGAUUCACAAUCACCAAUGCAAUACGAUAAUAAUAACAGUAAUGAUUAUAACAAUAUUCCAAAAAACUUAAAGAAUGCCUGGUGA